GACCCGACCCGGCGUCUGCGGGACAGAACGGACGGGACGGGAGCGAGGAGCGGCAGCAUGGGGCUGGAGCUGUACCUCGAUCUGCUCUCGCAGCCCUGCCGGGCGGUCUACAUCUUCGCCCGGUGCAACAGCAUCCCCUUCGAGUUCAAACGGGUGGAGCUGAUGAAGGGGGAGCACAGGACCGAGGAGUUCAGGAAGGUGAACGUGCUGAUGAAAGUGCCUGCACUGAGGGAUGGCUCCUUCACCUUAGCAGAGAGCGUUGCCAUCCUCAUGUACCUGACCAGGAAAUUCAAGACUCCCGAUCACUGGUAUCCCUCUGACCUGCAGAAACAGGCCAGGGUUGAUGAGUACCUGUCAUGGCAGCAAGCCCACAUUCGUGGGAAGGGGAGCAAGCUGUUUGUAACUAAGAUGCUGAUACCAAUCCUUACAGGCCAGCCACUGCCUCCGGAGAAAGUGGAAGGUGCUACCGAGGAGCUGAAUGUUGUCCUGAGUCAGUUUGAGGAGAAGUUCUUGCAGGAUAAGCCCUUCAUUGUGGGUAACGACAUCUCCUUGGCAGACCUCGUAGCCCUGGUGGAGCUCAUGCAGCCUGUUGCUGCUGGCUACAACCUCUUUGAGGAGAGGCCCAAGUUAGCGGAGUGGCGCAGGCGGGUGGAAGAAGCCGUGGGGAAGCAGCUGUUCCAAGAAGCACACGAAGAGAUCCUGAAUGCCAAGAAUGUGUCUGCUGAUAAAAUCGCACCUGAGCUGCGGGAGCACUUCAAGCAACAGCUCUUAAAGCAAGUCAACUAGAAGGAAGGGCGUUGCACUCCAUUUAAAGUGAGUUAUUUUGUGUAGGCUUUUAGUAAUAUUUCAAUAUUUCCUCUAAUAAUCGUACAGAAAACUGCAUUCAUCGUACAGAAAACUACAUCUUUGACUGCAACCAGCCAGCCCUUGGCUGCUGCCCCUGCCCGGGAGGCUGAGGGAGCACCUGGCCACUAGAGGCUGCUGCGUUACCGAUCAGAGCAAAGGGACCCUCGGAGCAAGGAAGCUGUGCAGGUUUUCCAGUGAGGUCUGAGAAGGAUGGGGUGAAUCCCACAAACGAAGAUCCUCAGCAGCCUUAUGCCAUCAUCUACGUAGCUUAUGCAUAGUUGAGAAAAGCUGGUUUUCUAGGUGAAACCACUGCCAACCUCGUGGUCGCCUUCCUCAUGCCGUAUCAGUGCUCCAUCCCUUCCCAGAGCUUCCCUGGCAGCCCUACGGAAGGCAUUCAAACCAGGUUCCCUACUGCUGAAUGCUGCUGUGGCUGGGCCUGUACUGGGGGCAGAGGGGGCGCGGUGGCCAACCCCAGGGUGAGUGCAGCGCUUAGAAAAUGAGCUAACUAAUGCUGAAAUGAUGUUCGUGUUCCACUACUCUUCUGUCCUGACAUAUUCUCCAGUAAAGUUAAUUGUUACACUUGCAA